AUGACUGCCCGGAAGUUCAAGGCCGACGUCUUAGCGGCAGCCACCCAGGCCGAAGCGGGGCGCAUCAAAAAUGUGUCUUCGGUGAGGGGCGAUGAUGACGAGGUCAUAGUUACCUACUUCAACAAACAGCUCCCCAAGAGCCUUCAAGUCCGUCUUCUGGCUGCCGACGUCGACAGAUAUCCUGGUCCAUGCAGCUUCCUUCUCUUCACCGAUGAUGAGGAGGCACCGAGGCAGAUAGUCAAGGUUCUCGAGCAAGUGCAAACUCACCUUGCCGCUGGCGGAAGCUUCACCAUUCUUCGCGCUGUCACUUACUUAUCCAAGAAUUUGGACAAGUGCUUGGAGCAGUUCCUUAGUCUUGACAGCCACAAUUCAUCUGAUGCAGAGAUGACGGAUAUUGAUGGUAUAGAUGACAAGGACGACGACGACGACGGCGACGACGACGAUGUUGAUGAUAGCUUCGACGUGAAUUCAACUGACGAUGAGGCUGAUGAUGAGGGCUUCUUUGCUCAGAUGAGUGGUGGUGCUGCCGGCGUACCCAACAUGAACACCCAGCUUUCACAGUCCCAGCUCCAGGACCAGGAGCGGAUCAGAGGAAACCUCCGCAAGGCCAAGCAAUCGGGCUGCAAGAUUGGGAUUCUAGUCGGGCUGCUUCCCGGCCAUAGUUCCCAUAUUUUCUCAAUGUCUGUCAGGAUCGGCAAGAUUGGCUUGUCUGAGGAGAAUCUGUUGGCCUGGGGCCUCUCUGCCUCAGACUACUUGGUUCUGCUAGUUUCAAUAAGUGAUACGACUUUCCCAACCAUGGAAAGCCUUAUGGAGCGGCCGGCUGCACACAGCGGUUUGAGGUUCCGCAUCCGCAAAUGCGCCAAUUUCAAGCCGACAGUGAGCCAGGCCAUCAAAGCAUUCAACGAGGCCAUAAUACGAGAUGAUGAGCUUGAAGGUAGCGCACCACACUCAUCACUAUCAGAUCCUCCCCUGGAGCGCAUAUUUCUAUCAAGGUCUUUCGACGACUUUAUGAGUGAAUACUUUGUAUCACUUGUCAAGCUACGAGAGAACCUUGGCUGCUCAUGGGACGACGCGAAUGAGAGCUUGAUAGAUGGGAUGAGCAACACAGAUGAUCUAAGUAAGCAAUAUCCAGCUGAAAAACCAACCAAAAUGGAUGACCAUCUAGCCUCAGGGGUGCGCAAAGAAAGAAGUAUUCCCUUGAUUUGUUGGGAAUUCGCAAUGAAGUACUUCAAGGACUGUACGAAAUACUGCCUUCGCUGCCAUCGACUCGUCAAAAACGACGUGGGUUCUCUUAAGCCCUUCGUUUGCUCCAACGAACUCUGUCUAUUUCAGUAUAUGCAGAUGGGACUGGGACCCAGCGUUGAGCACGAAAUUCUCACGCAGCCUAAGGUUGUCGAUCUUCUUUGCAGCUUUUGUUAUAGCAGUACUGUGAGCCCAGCGCGCAACAUGAUGAUCACGGGCGCUGACUUGAGCGGCAAUAACAAAUACGCAAUUAGAGAAUUCCCCGUUGGUCUUUCACUUAAAGUGCCAGACUUCUUCAGCCAAAGACAGUCGUCUGCACCAUUACCCAGAUGCAUUCCAGUCCAGGUCACAGAUCUUGGCCAGAGUCUAUUGCUACAAACGUAUGAACACGACGACUGGCUGGAAGCUUUGAGGCCAGGGAUCUGUUAUGCGCUUGUGAGUCGGUUUACACUCCUCAGCCACGGGUUCACUUUCCAGGAUAAUACAUUUUCGUCAAAGCUGGCAACGCGCUACAGUCGACCAACGGUGGCAAAAGUUCUGAAUAACCAGCUCGGAAAUCAAGUUAUCAAUGGAAUCAGUGCAUCUACGGAAUCGAUCACCUAUGGCAAUGUCGUCAGCAUUGAUCGAACUGAGGGCGCUGUGGUCAUCUCAGUUGCAGGACGUCGAGGUCGAGCAAUCGGUAGUGGCGCCACCGAAGAGAUCAGCCCAGGACAUGAUCCUGCUCAGUUGUACCUUGCAACCUUUGAUACGAGUUUCGACACUUUGCUCGACGACGGAAAGGCCGUAGCAAUCCGAUUUAUCCUGGAUAUGCUACCGCCAAUCGCGGAUAUCAGGGCUUUCCUCAAGAAAAGCCCGAACUCGUCAGUGAAGGGUAUGAACCAAAUGUUAGCCCCCACGGCAACGCUUUUGGAGUGGAUCGUUGCAACAAAUCGAUCGCUCAUUAUGUGCCUCGAGGAGGAGGAGGAUGACAUUAACCCCACGUUGGAUGCGACACCUACACAAUCCUUAGCCUCGCUUAAGAUACCAGAGAUGUCUGAUUAUAUCCAGUUCCGCUUUGCUCAGGGGUCGCCUGAUAAGGAGGAACGCUUCAAGAAAGAACUGAACCGGGCGGGAGUGGUGGGAUCCAAACACCCGACCAUCUUUGCGUGGCAUGGAAGCAGCCAACCCAACUGGCACAGCAUCAUCAGGACGGGUCUUGAUUUCAGCAAUGUCAUCAAUGGACGAGCCUUUGGCAACGGGAUUUACUUUUCGCAAUAUUUUACCACCAGCAUGGGGUAUGCGCACCCAGGAACAAGCUUUAUAUGGCCAUCUUCUACAUUCCAGUCCAAUAUGACCAUCGUUCUGAGCGAACUAAUCAACAUACCGGAUCAAUUUGUUAGCCGCAACCCUCAUUUGGUCGUACAGAAUAUUGACUGGCAGCAAUGCCGCUAUCUGUUCGUCAAAAAGCCUACGGUCCCAGAGAUGGGUUCUUCACUGGGUGCUGUCACUCCGUCUGCCACAUUGCAACACCGAGUGUUUAUCGAGCAGGAUCCUUACAUGAUUCCACAAGGAGCUGACAGCAGGCCGCUAAGAAUCCCUCGGGCAGCUAUACCAUCGUCUGGUAGCCAGAUGUGGCCGAAGAAUGAUGGUUACAAGAGCGACGACGAUGAUAUUGAUGUUUUGAAGGAAGUGGUCGAAAUAUCCAGUGAUGAAGAUGACAGCGAUACAGACGUCGAGUUACUUGAGGUCCGGACCAUCAAGCCAGCCCAUCUCACCGACUUCCAACCAGGCACAUUGGAUCUCGCCAGUCUUCCCCGCCUUGCUCCUCCCCAAAGGUCAGGCGGCGCUGGCAGGCAACUGGCAAGGGAGAUCAGUGCACUCAGGAAGAUACAGGAAGCUACGCCGUCACACGAGCUGGGAUGGUAUAUCGACUUUGAUGGUAUGUCGAAUAUGUUCCAGAUGAUCGUGGAGUUGCACAGCUUCGACAAGACAAAACCUUUAGGGAGAAGCAUGGCUCAGAAAAACGUCACCUCGAUUGUGAUCGAACUUCGUUUUAGCGAGAACUUUCCCAUCUCUCCACCCUUCGUGCGCGUGAUACGUCCUCGCUUCUUGCCUUUCCAUGCGGGCGGAGGUGGACAUGUCACGAUUGGCGGCGCUAUGUGCAUGGAGCUCCUCACAUCAACUGGCUGGAGCCCGGCAUGCAGCAUAGAACAUGUUCUGAUCAUGGUACGGCUUGCGCUGGUCUCAGAAGACCCAAAGCCGGCUCAGAUAGAAGGUGUUGGUGGCGGUGAUUAUGACAUUGGCGGCGCUAUAGCGGCCUACCGCCGGGCAGCGACCGUGCAUGGCUGGCGAAUACCUCCUGACCUGAACCAAACCGCCAUGGGGGCCGGCUCUGCAUGA